AAAGUACCCAGAGUUCUCAUGUGGCUUUUUAUGACAUUACGUCACCGGUAUGUUAGGCUUGGCUUUCCCAUGAUGCAGCUGGCGGUUCAUCGGCCAUAUUUCCGACUUUUCUUCGAGAGCAUCUGAUGCAUUGUUUUUGCGCAGGAACAUCGGUCGAAGAUUGGUUAAAAGUUCAAGCUUUACUCAUUUUAUGAUAUCUUUCAAGGCCAGGGUUUCCAAACGGUGGCUUAGCUUCAGGAAUUUGCUUUGACUUCCAGGCACUUGAGGAAUCCCUUGACGCUUGUUCGACUUCAGUAUGCCGCAGCAAUUUGGAAGCGGUGUGGAAUAUUCUUGCGAAUUUACGUGGUAGUCCGCCCUACUAGAUCAAUCGGUAAUUGCCUGAAGGACAAUAGAAAUUAUGGCUACUGAGGCAGCUGAGGAGAGACUCAAGCAACUCGAAAGCCUUUUCUCCUAUGGCGGCAAAGAGAAAGGCUCUUAUAGCGUAGAGACUUUGUUAGAUGUUUUGCUACUGUUGUACGAUGAAUGUUGCAACUCCACUCUGCGUAGGGACAAGAAUGUCAGUGAAUUUAUUGAGCAUGUUAAACCAGUGGCAACGAAAAUCAAGGAACUUCGACUGCGGCGAGGAGACUUCGAUCCGUUGAACCUUAUCGGAAAAGGAGCUUUCGGAGAGGUUACCGUAGUUCGCAUGAAGUCAAAUGAUAGAAUUUUUGCCAUGAAGACUCUGAACAAAUGGGAGAUGUUGAAAAGAGCUGAGACUGCGUGCUUCAAAGAGGAAAGAGAUGUCCUCGUGUACGGAGAUAAGAGAUGGAUCACUACUUUGCAUUAUGCUUUUCAAGAUGCUGAUUACUUGUAUUUUGUCAUGGAUUAUUAUAGCGGAGGUGAUCUUUUGACUCUCUUAAGUAAAUAUGAAGAUCAUUUACCGGAGGAAAUGGCCAAGUUUUAUCUGGCUGAGGUGGUGCUAGCCGUCAAUUCUAUCCAUAAAAUGGACUACGUGCACAGGGAUGUCAAGCCAGACAAUGUUCUUCUUGAUGUUAGUGGACACAUCAGAUUGGCAGACUUUGGUUCUUGUUCAAAGCUUGGCAAAAACGGCACUGUUAGGUCAUCAGUUGCUGUGGGUACCCCUGACUACAUCUCUCCUGAAAUCCUGCAGGCCAUGGAGGACGGAAGAGGGAAAUAUGGUGUUGAAUGCGAUUGGUGGUCGUUGGGGGUCUGUAUGUACGAAAUGUUGUUUGGUGAAACUCCUUUUUAUGCAGAAUCACUGGUGGAAACAUACAGCAAAAUCAUGAGCCACACUGGCAAAUUCAAUUUUCCUUCUGGUGUAGAAGUGUCCAAUAAUGCACGAGAUCUAAUGCAGAGACUGUGCUGCAAAAUGGAGCAGCGAUUAGGUCAAAAUGGAAUUGACGACUUUCGAAAUCACCCUUUCUUUGAGGGAAUUGAUUGGGACAACCUUGGUGAUACUGUCGCUCCAUACAUUCCUGAGGUCAGCAGUCCAUCAGACACUUCAAAUUUUGAUGUGGACAUUGACGACUCAAGAGCAAAUGAUGCUGUGAGGCCAUCCUCUGUGUCACCUUUCACUGGACAUCAUUUGCCAUUUAUUGGAUUUUCAUUUACUGAGAACAGCCGGCUGUCUGAUAGAGCUAAAACUGUAGUCAAGGAGGCUGGAGAUAUCACUCUGGAGCCUGUUGCCAACAAUGUCCCCAGCUCACUAUCUGUUGAAGCUUAUGAAAGAAGAAUACAGAGACUUGAGAGAGAGAGAACGGAGCUUGUCAGGAAGCUUCAAGAAUCAACAAAAGCUUUACAAGAUCAAGUGCUGUCAGUUGAUGGACCCAAGAGUGACGUGGUGGAUUCAGUGGAAGUGAAGAGAUUGAAAGAUGAAAUGACAUCAAUGAAGAAAAAAAUUAUGGAGUAUGAAGCUCAAUCCGCAGAUUUAGAAAAAGAACUUCAAGAUGCCUUAACAUCAAGGAAAGACCUGGAGUCAAACAAUGAAGAAAUGAGCUCCAAGAUGAGGUCUCUGGACAGAGAGGUCAGGGGCCUGAAAAUGGAGAAAGAGGAUAUUGAAAGGGUUCUUCAGGAGGCGAAUGAAAAAAUAGCUGCACAACAGAAGGAACUGAAGGAAGCACAUAGUCAAAGGAAACUAGCCAUGGCAGAGUUUAGUGAAUUAAACGAUAAGCUGGCUGAUAUAAGAUCACAAAAAACCAAGGUGUCAAGAAUGCUUCGGGAAAAGGAAGAAGAAAUGGAAUCAACAUUACAAAAGCUUGAUGGUCUCAGGCAAGAAGUGCGAAACGCUGAUAGAAAGAAAAGAGAAUUUGCAGCUCAGGUUGAGGAAAUGUCAGCUGAAGCUAACAAGGAACGCAAACUUAGAGCAAGGAGCGACCAGAAUGCAAAACAACUCGAGGAAGAAAUUGAAUACUUGAAGGCCAAACAGAGAAGUCUGGGGAGACCAUUUCCCACAGACACAACAGCAGAAGAGCAGCAGCAGGAAAUUACAAGACUGAAAGCAGAGAUUGAGAAACUCAAACUGGAAUAUGAGGAAACUGCUACACAAGAGCAACAAAAACACUCCAAUGAAGUCAAGGAACUUAGAGAGAAGCUUCUUGACAUGGAGUCAGGCAGAGUGGCCUUGAAGAAUGAGGUGUCAGCAUUAACUGCCAAGGUGAAUGAAGCAAGAAUGGACAGUCAUAGAGAGCAUCAAGAAGCAGUUGAAGAACUGAAAAGAAAAAGUGAGAGAAACAAGACACUUCUUGAAGAAGAGAACAAGAAACUUCAAGCUGACAUUGACAAGUUGACUGGGACAUUGGAACGUACCGUCUCUGCUCAUCGCAAACUUGAAGAAGAGAUGAGAGAUAGCAAUGAAAAGAAAGAUGCUGUCGCUCAUUGGGAAGCCCAGAUUGCUGAAAUCAUUCAGUGGUAUGUUUUACCCACUUUUGGCUUUCAAGAAUGGCAUAAGGACAAAAAAAUUACAAAAAAGAAAAAGAAAAUUAAAAAAGAAUGGCUCAUAAAAUGUUUUCUCUCUUUACAGCCCCGUGUGCACAAAUUCUCGGUGAGAACUUUCACCACACCUACGAAGUGUAACCAGUGCACAUCGCUUAUGAUUGGCUUGCUGAGGCAAGGCUCGAUAUGCGAUGUGUGUCAGUACGCAUGUCACGUGUCCUGUACUGAUCAAGCUCCGCCUGUGUNUUGGUACACGUCACACGAAUGUUUUAAACAUAGGGUCCAACAAAUAGAAAAUCGAGACACUUCAGUUACAGCAUCUCAGAUGAAUCCCCCCGGGGAGUCGUUAACGCAGUUGAUAUUAACUGAAACUGAAAAUGAGAGAGUCAAAUGGGUGACUGCCUUACAGCAGUUACACAAAGUUCUCAAGGACAGUAAGGAAAUAUCCAAGACGCAAGUGUACCAGGCUAAGGAGGUCAUUGAGUCCAAUGUACAGAUCAAACAAGCGCUUUGUGCGACGAUAAUAGACACCGACCGAGUGUGCCUGGGUACAGAGGAUGGAUUGUUCUGUAUCGAGCUCAUGAAAGAAAGUCUAUCUCGUAUUGGCGACAAUAAAAAGGUUUCACAGAUAGAGAUGUUGCCUGAUGAACAGCUUCUGGUUCUAAUAUCAGGAAGAAAUCGUCAAGUAAAACUCUAUCCACUGUCCGCCGUUGACGGCCACGACACAGAACCUAUUAAAAUUGCUGAAGCUAAAAACUGUCACAUGUUUGCGACUGGUAGCAUCCAUAACAACACAGCAACUUGUCUGUGUGUGGCAGUAAAGCGCCAUAUAUAUGUCUACGAACUCAACAGAACAAAGUACAGGCAUCUGAAAAUCAAGGAAAUGCCUGUGAGCCAAAAUGUCCAGUGGUUAGGCGUUUCCUUUGGAAAACUUCUGGUUGGUUACGUUUCUGGGUUUGCUAUUUUCAGUAUUACAGAUGAAGGAAGACCUCAGAAACUUGUGAAUUCAGAUGACCCUACUUUGAAUUUUAUCACCAACAACCCACUUGAUGCUUUGCUAGCUGUGGCAAUAGAGCCUAACAAAGAGUUCCUCUUGUGUUUCAAUUACCUUUCUAUUGCAGGAAGAAAUCGUCAAGUAAAACUCUAUCCACUGUCCGCCGUUGACGGCCACGACACAGAACCUAUUAAAAUUGCUGAAGCUAAAAACUGUCACAUGUUUGCGACUGGUAGCAUCCAUAACAACACAGCAACUUGUCUGUGUGUGGCAGUAAAGCGCCAUAUAUAUGUCUACGAACUCAACAGAACAAAGUACAGGCAUCUGAAAAUCAAGGAAAUGCCUGUGAGCCAAAAUGUCCAGUGGUUAGGCGUUUCCUUUGGAAAACUUCUGGUUGGUUACGUUUCUGGGUUUACUAUUUUCAGUAUUACAGAUGAAGGAAAACCUCAGAAACUUGUGAAUUCAGAUGACCCUACUCUGAAUUUUAUCACCAACAACCCGCUUGAUGCUUUGCUAGCUGUGGCAAUAGAGCCUAACAAAGAGUUCCUCUUGUGUUUCAAUUUACUGGGCAUCUUUGUCGAAUCCAGUGGAUAUCGAUCGAGACGCUACGAACUCAUGUGGCCGUCACCCCCCACAAAUGUUGGGUAUUCUCACCCGUAUGUGAUCUCGUUCAGCGACAGAGCUAUCGAUGUGUUUGACUCGAGCACAGCAGAAUGGCUUCAGACCAUUCCCCUAAAGAAGUGCCAUGCUUUAAUCAAUGAUGGAUCGCUGGCGCUGUGCACUGCCUCGGAGCAAUUCAAUCUAAUUUACCUCAAGAAUAAAUUAUACGAGGAAGAGGAACUGAUAAUUCCUGAUCCCAAUAAAGGAAAGAAGGCUCUCGCGGCCAUGUUGAGACUAAAGAGCAGCAAGCGAAGUAGCUCUUAUCGAUUUGGAUUCAAAGUUAAAGAGGGAGGCCUGGCGGAUAUGGACGCUGAUAUUCGCUCCAAGCUUAUUUCGGGCCCAACCAACUUCAACCAUAUCUCGCAUAUGGGGCCUGGGGAUGGAUUUCAAAUCAUAAAAGACUUACCAGUGGGUCACCGGAGCGUUGAGGAGGAACCUCCACCAGUGAUCCCACGCGCAACUUCAGUGGGUCCCAGGUCUAAGCGUGCGGUCACGGCCAAUCCCACUCUCAUGCAACGGCCGAACUUAGCAGCAAAGGGACUGAAACCAGCUGGGCCGGGACAAGGAAUGCUUAAUGGCCGAUCAGUGUCUACGAAUGUUGUAAAUAGUGCCUCUGACGCUUCGCCGCCAGUCGCGAGACCUCGGUCAUCAUCGACGAAGUCAGCUGAUGAUGUGUCAAAUGACACGCGCGUAACGAAUGGCUCAAAUCGUCUCUCCGCUGACCUCGAUAAUUACGCACAGUACGUCAAUACCAUGAGACCCAAAAGUGUUGCAGAUGAACGGAGACAGUUGGCUUUAGCUCUAGAGUUGAGCAAAAGGCAUGCGGCGGCUGAAGCUGAACUGACAAAUGGCGGCAGUAGAGGCAGAGGUUCACGGGAUCUUUUAAAUCUCCCCGAGAGUGAUUCACCGAGACAUUCGACAGGUUCAGGGUCCAGCUCAGGCCUGAGCGUGUCACCGCUGGGAAGUCAAGAAGAAGGCGUGACAUCACCAGACUGUGUUCAAUUGAAUUUUUCAGAUACGACGAGAUUCUGAUGGAAUUGCCGAGCAGAGCAGGUUGCGUUGUUUUUUAACAUGUAUGAAGUGAGUUAUUCAUCCAAAGUCCGUCAUUUUCACAUUGUUUUUGAAAAGAUUUCUAUUAGUGAUUGGACGAAUCUGCGUCGAUUCAAACACGAGUGUGCACACCGGCAUGGUCUGGAACCAUGACAGCAGGUGAUAAUCACAUGUGAUCAACCGGCAGGGCUGGUUUAUAACCUUAAUAUAGCGAUCUUCUCCUUAUAUGGAAUAGAGUUUAUUUGUAGAAUCAUGAGGGUUCGAUUAGGGUUGGAAGCAAGAGAGCGGGCUUAGAUUUAAUUUGUUGGCAGCCUUAUAUAUAAAUUUAUACAGAUUUGUAAAUGUUUUCAGUUACGGUGAAAUCGUUUGGGAAAACCUUUCCUUAGCAAUUAGGUAACAAAACCGCGCGGAAUGAAAAGACUAGAGAACCGGUAAAGUGUGCCAAUUCGAAAUAAUUUUAGUGAAAACAUGAGUUAUUUGUGCUUACCUUUGGCACUUUCCAUCUGGUAUUGUGAUUGUUUUGGUCGUAGACUGAGAAUGUAGGUAGAGACGAGCGUUUUUCAUUUGGUUCUUCAGUCUUUUUUGUUCACUGUUGUAGGUUGACUCGAAAGUAAAUCUCAGAUUUAAGUUGGCAGGUCACUGGAAUAAAAAGCAUGUCAAAAACCUCGCUGUAAAGUAAGCAAAAAUAUUCAUUCUUGUAGGGGUUUUAAUCUCUUUGUCAGAAUCUUUAUAAUGGGUAUCUGCGUAAGCAAGAAGGGCUUUUCAGAGAUCUUGUAAUGAUUAUGUAAGGAUCUUUAAUAAUUCAGAGAUUUAGGACGAUAUAGUUUUAAUCUUCCAUUUAUUUAGAGUCACUGUAAUUCAAAGUCAGUUUUAAGUCAGUACAGCAUACAAUUGUAAAUGAAAACAAUUGACUUGAUGGGGGGGGGGGGGAGCUUCAACUCACAUUGUAAAUCAAAGGGAAGAGAAGUGAAAAGUUAGGUACAGUUUAACCUUGCUAUCUUGAACUCCCCGCUAUUUCGAAAGCGUCUUUUUUUCCUUAUUUUUUCAAUUAUUUUCUAUCGGCUCUCUUCUACCCCACUCACAGGAAGUGGUUUCAUUUCCCUUGAAAUUUCAAGAUUGCAGGUUUCAACUGUAUUCCUUAGACUGAAAUGAAAUUAAUUGAAAUGUAAUGUAGAAAAGAAAUGUAAUUGUUGUUUAUAAGGCUGCUUUAAUUGAUCGUUGGCAAUCGAGUGUAAUUCUGUUGUUUUUGGUUUCUUCGUUUCUAUUGUUUGUUUGUUUGAUUGAUUGUUUGGAACAAAUCUCUCAGUGAUAAUGUCUCAUUCUCUUGAAAACCAUUGCGAUUUGACGGUGUGUCCAGUUUUCGAAUUCGGUAGCUAGCGAUCAUUGAAGACAUUACUGUGUAUCAACCGUUUGUCUUAUAAUGACAAAUGAAAUAUUCAGCUUGUGAAAUGCUUUGUAAUAUGUUGUUUUCCAUACCUUACACCAACUGUAUUGAAAUUCAGGGUUUUAUAUAUUUUAUGUACAAUAGUAGAUUGAAUAUAACUUUUUGACAGCAUUUUAAAUAACGAACACAAUGCCAUGCAAGAGUAGCAAAUUAAAGCUCAAUCUUUUGCUGUGGAAAA